GGCAUUUGAGUGUGUUAUGCUGCUCUAUCCCGAUGUAUUCCACAGCGUCAGGUCAUCCUACCGCUGUUUCUAACUUUGUCAACGCUUCCAUAUUGAUGGCCUUCUCGCAUGGAGAUCCGUCUCCUGGUUUGACUGCUGACUUCCAGAAGAUGGCGACCUCGCUACUCUCCAAGCAAAGGUCAGGAUGAGACACACAGAAGUGGGCCAAUUCAGCAGCACCUGCAAGUGCCACCUGGAAAACAGCAUGCACAAAAUUAAACGACUAAAGUCGCGUAAGGAGCGCAGCCAGAAAAGAAGCGGCGGCCAGGACCCCUGCAGGGUCAACUCGCAACAGCACGGCUGCUGCCUUCAGGGCAACCUGGAUAUUCGACACCUGCACACUUGCAGCCAAAACACCUGUAAGAGGGACCUCGUGUCGCCGCCUCCAGUCCCAGUCACGCGCGCUCCCACGCAGGAAGCCAGUCUCAUCACAGCGUCCCGCCUCAUUAGCCACCGGGGGAUCUUCAACCACCAGGUGAAGUCCCUCGAUAUCCAGCGCCUGUUACUGGAUAAGAAGGAGAGAACAACCAAGGAAGCAAAGACGUCGUCUCCCCUUUUCAAUGAUGCCAGUGGACCCCAUGAAGAACCUCAAGCCACCGAGGCCGCUGAGGAGAGCAAGGAGAAAAGUCAAACAUCAGAAGUGAUCCUGGACCAAAGAGAAAAAGAGCCGUCUUUACUUAUUACCUCUGACGAGAGCCCGGUUGUGAAGAGGACAAUAACACGUCCAGGCCCAAAGCUACCCUCUUCCGUAGAGUGCUCGCCUGAGAGAAAGAAGCUCCCUGAGCCACGAAAACCACCCAGCCUGAUACGGCGUCGGCAUGUUGCCAUGAAAACCGGGGUUGACAGUCCAGCCCAAAAAGAAGGCAUCGCCCCAAAGUCAGUCAGCGCGGUGGCGCGGCGCUUGUGCAACUCCUUGCGCUUCCCUUUACUUAGGCAGCGGGAUCUGGUGGCAGAGAGCAGGGAAGUACUGCUGCGAGCCCUGCGGGAGGCACAUGGCAAACACCUUCAACAGAACCUCAAACACCUGCACUCGGGCACUGACCUUCACCCUCAACCCAAGGGAGACGUCCACAAGCAAAAGGCAAAGCGGAAAAAACGGCAGUGGACGCCAGCACCAUUUCCAGUCGACUCUGGACAUGACAUACAUUUCAAAAGUGAGGGCAAUGCCCUUUUCGAAAACAAAAGGAAGGGAAAAAAGCACUUGCGCUGGGAUCUCAGUUCACCGCCACAGCAGCGCUUGGACCAGACUACAGCUUGGCCAACCAGUCCCGUGGACACUUCGACGGGUCACUUGGAUGAAAUCUUUAGGCUUCGCACCUCACCAGAGUUCCAUAUAGACUUUAGUCCUUCCCCUACAGUAACUCACCAGCUGUUCAUUCAGUCUAAGAAACCACCAGUGCACUUCUUUGGUGAAACUCACACCAAAUUUGAACCCUUCGGGGACUGCUAUGCGCAGCAGAGUACGAGUUGGUCGCAGCCGAGCUACAUUCAAAUCAGUCCUGGCCAAGAGCUGAAAUUCCGAUAUUCACCUGGGCAACACAUUCCCCUUAAAAAUGAUGCUUCAUUUGAACGUCAAGAGUACCCCUUCACCCCCAUCUUCUCCUCUCAUGCUUUAUUCUCCCCUCCCGGCCACCAUUACAUGCAACCUUACAUUCUUGAGAGCCCGUCACCUAUAUUCACAUCCAUGACACGACCUAAACGCUGGCCCUUUUCCCCCAGGAAACUGUACUAACAAACAAUUUACCUAAUUUUUUUGUUUACAUCUUGUAUGCGUAUUUUUGUUUACUUGUAAACGUGUAUCCUAGUUCACUUUAUUGUUAUGACAGAUGUAGACUAAAAGGUGUGCUGUUUGAAUUAAAAUCUGUCAUAAUAAACCCA